CUUUUCACUUCCAUUGCUUUCAUUUCCUGCCGUCUUUCAAUCGUUCAGUUCGUGCAUCCGAAUGCUGAACACAAUAACUUCCACUACACUCAUUGAUAGUCACCUUCAAGCUUGCAAUUUUUGCUUCCAAAAGCUUAGACACAUUCACGCCUGCCACACUCAUUAAAUUGUCUAUUCCAAUAUUACAAUUCCUGCAUUGGAAAGCUGUACACAUAAACUUCUAUUACGCUCAUUGUCCAUCACCAUUCAAUCUUACAAUUCUUGUAUCCGAGACUCCGAUGUCCACCACUCACAAUGGGCCGAGUGAAUAGAAAGAGAGCUCAGAAGAGCUUUGAUGCUCGUCAUCGCAGUACACGCUUUCAUCGUGCUACUCGUUUCAGUAUGAUCUCUACAGAAUAUCUAUUUUAUCCUACUGACAUAAAUAGGAGCGUUCAGAUCUGCACUAAAAGGCGUUGAGAGAUUACCUGACGAAUUCGUGAAAAACCUCAGAUGGUUUACGCCAUGUCUUGGCCAUCGCCGCGAGGCUUCUCAAAAUAACGCCCACCUUCUACCCGAAGGGUAUCUGACUAACCAUGCAGACGCACCUGGAUAUAUUCCUGUUGGCAAUAGGGCUCCCCAAGACUUGCAAAACAAGCAGAGAGCUCUGAAAAACUUUUUGUUUUCUUCUAGAAAGACCCGUGUACGCGGGCACGAUGCACGAAAGCGCAGUCUACCCCAUCCAAACUACAUGGGGAUCUCACCGGCAAUCUUGCUGGAGAUGAUGGUCAAAGUCGCAAAGGUUAAAUGGAAACCGCCACCUAUUUUGGGACACGCAAGUACAAGCAAUGCGAUUAUGCUGCAAGCUGCGAUGUCAGAGGACUCGCCAACAAUGGUUUCGGUGAAGAAUAUCGAAGGAAUACAAUAUGCCCUCGGUUUUCUUAGCAAUCUCCCAGAAAAUGUAUUGCCAACAUUUGUACAGAGAAAUUCGACGUUGAAGAGGUUCAUACGGCGAAUGGAAACACACAAUACCUUUACCGCAUCAGGCCAUAGCGAAAAGCCGAAAAAUGAUCUGGGCAUUAUAGAACAGACGGUUAACCAACUGCAACGCCGUGACCUGGUAAAGCCAUACCUUGACAAGUUGACUGCUUAUUCUUCGGGGCAGAAGGAUUUCAGCGUGGAUGCGGAGACUUUGAUGCAGAAAGUUCUCGUUGACGCAACAAAUAGUGCUGCUCUAACCCCACGUCCAAGAGAAGGCGAAGUCGAUAUGAUGAUGGUGGAUUCCAAUGAGCGAAAUCUGCCGAAACUUCACCUUGAUACGUCUCAGAGGCGUGCGGUGAUCUCACUCCAAGGUAGCCGCUGCAAUCCUAUUAAUCUUGAAAACCUCAGUUUGCCUGAAGAUCUUUUUCAAGAACUGCCAAAUCCAUUUCUUGACAAGUCUUCAAACGUCGCGGCGAUUAAUCUCAUAAAUAUUUCUCAGGGACAACCGGAUGCCGUUCUUGGCAAAAGGCCUCGAAUUGUCAUGACGGGAGAUCCUGCGCUGUUGGAACUUUGUCCUGAAGAGGCAGCCAUGCAUUGGAGGUUUGACCGUACAUUGUACGUAAGAGCCCCCGAAGCAGCUCGCGCAGCCAUAACAGCUCCACCGCCUUGCCAUCAUGCGCCAUGCAUGUAUAGCACUUGCGAAAAUUACUUGAAGAAGCGUAUCACGUCUCCUUUUCGCGAAUUCCCUAUGAUAGGUGGACCAGGAGGACAGUAUAUGACAACCCCAUUUAAUUUCGGGGACCACGUUGAAGGCGUGCAGUUUUUAUCAGCGGCAAUCAAUGCCGAUAAAACUCGUAAACCGGACCUUGCGAGACAAAAGACAGUCCAAAAAGCAGCUGAAGUUCAGAAGUAUAGGAGACCGAUUCACAGAUAUUCACAGGCAUUGCAGCAGACGAGACUUGCUGAAGGACAUCCUAACUGGCACGACCUGCCAUAUCCAGCAAUAUCUCUCGAGGAAAUAUCAUCUUUGGAAUUGGAACUCACUGAGGCUGACAAGAGCUUGGCCCGCCGCAUGCUCAUGGAUGAAAUAAUUAAAGAUACACCUGAGCGGCGCAAAAAACUAGAGGAAUAUGAUAUCCAGACCCUUUUUCCAGAACUACAGCCAAUCCAGCACGAGUUUGAAGAAAAUGGGUAUUCCGAGCCGCGUGCAGUGCAACAUGAGCCUACCACGGUAUCCAAAGAGUCUAUUGCAGAAGACCACUGCAGUAAUAAGGGCCAAUCUGGACAUGGAUCAAAGCGUCAUCAAGCCUCUCCUAAAGAAGAACCCCGGCCACGAUAUUUCAAUUUUGAGCUGGAAAUCAAAGCGACUCUUCUCGAUGGUCCUCCGAUAUUCCGUCCAAGGAGUCCUUCGCAAAUGUCCACAUCGUCUGAAUCUGAUGUCUUUGUAGACUGCGAAGAAGAAAUCUCUCUCGUUAGAUCUUCUCCACCAAAAGCAGAGGCAGAAACACACCCUGAGAUAGAUAGCGAUGAGGUUAUGCUGCGCUUUCAGUUUGCUUCUGGACCGGUUUACACCCGAAAUACAAAUUUGUAUUCGACUUACAGUUCAAGCUUGCCAGAAAGUGCAGAGUGCAACCAGCACCCCACGAGAACAAACCAGGCCAACAAGGAGCCAACAUCAAUCUUUGCCGGAGAAACGGCAUUCUCCAACCUAACAAUUGCAGAUAUGCAGCCGAACAGCAUGCCUGGUACUGGAUUUCCUUCAGAGGCAUCACCACAAGCAGCAGUGUCUACUGAUUCUAUUCUGGUAUCAGUAUCACCAUUUGCCCCUAAGUCCCUGGCUAGCGAGCCGAUGGUCAAAUCAUGCCCCAAAUGCGACAAGAGGUACAAAUACAACGGGGCCCUCAAAAGGCAUAUACAGAGCUGUCAAGUUCCAGGUAUCCCUGAAGAAUCUCCCCUACCACAUCCUUGCCCCACCUGUGGAAAAAUAUACAAGAAGCUAGGGAACCUCUGGCUUCAUAUUGCUACAUGUAACUCAAAAAACAAUAAGUUUCAAGCCACAGGAUUUUCAAAGCAGGAAAUUGAAGAAAAGAAGGCUUGUGGAAACUUGGUGCCGUUUCCACGUGAUAAUGCGAGAACUGCCUCUGGAAAGCCACUCUGUGAGGCGUGCAAAUCCAAAUUCACUUCAAAGAGGGAGUUGGCCAAGCAUAUCAAGGCUGAAUGUACGACAUUGCGUGCCCAGGGUUCAUACGGCAGAAAAAAUAAUAAGCAACUUGGGGCCCCGCUUGCAUUAAGCUUCAAGGAGCCGAUGUCUGCCUCGGAUUUUGAAAGCUCAGAUGCCGAGAGCGUUGCUGAAAUGACUUCUAGCAUAUUCGCUACUCCAAUUGGCAAAUAUGGUCAAAAUUCUGUGCGAGCAGAAAGGCAAUCAACAAAGGGCGAUGCUUCUGGAAUGGACUGCGGAGUGAGGAAAGGCUCCAUGGCAGAACAGUUGGAGCUAAUUUAUGGACCACAAUCCAAAUAUCGUACUCCUACUAACCUAAUGUCCUACUACUCAUCCAAUAUCAUGGAGAAUCCAGCUCUGGGUGAUUAUUCCGGAACAAAUGGAGCAAAAAAUGGUAAUGAUUCUGAUAUGGAUGUCAGCCCAACACCAGAGCCGAAGUCGCACAAUGUUGGAAAACUUUCCAGGCUUGCCUCGAACUUGAGCUCAGGGCAACGACCAACCAGAAUAGGAAUGUCUCAAGGCUCGGAACCAAUCGUCGGCGGCGAAACUCCAGCGUCUGUCUCACGUGUCCUCGUCCUCGAAUCUGGACUGUCGGAGCUACAAGAUACCAAGCCCCAACCUACUAGUCGAAAACUUUUCUCCCAUGCCUCUAACAUGGCUGGUAUGUCCAGUCACUCACUUCCUAAAGUUCAAGAUCAGCAAGUUCUCAAGGGAUUCGACUUGGACUUUCCACCACAGCCCACCUGCUUCUCACCCCACAAGGCUUCUGCAACUUUCCGCCGCAGGAGGCUAUCAAAAGGGUUGGGACCAUAUCGCAGCAGGCUAGGAUCUUUUGGGUCGGAGGUCGUCACUAUCCGAUGUGCAACCCAAGUCGUUUGUGAUAAAAUUGUCAAUUUUCUUGGUAAAUUCAAGGAAGAAGAUGCCAGACCCCAAAUCGUAGUUGUGUCGGCGGGUGAGAACGAGUUGACUGUGAAAGUCAUUGUGCGGCCAGGGUUUGAUAUCACCGGGAUUAGGAUUGAUGAACUACCUGGAGUUUUUGUGGAGAGUGCGAAUAAAACGUUCAUAUUUGCGCAACCAGGUCCAGACGUUGGGAGUAAUAUUGAGAAAGGACGCCAGAGAAAAGCAAGAGGUUGAGCUGGGGACACCUGAUGAGAAACCAGCUAAGAGGACAAGAGGAUGGAAUCUCACAAGGAAAUACAGGGAG